AUGGGCGUCAACGCCGGUGGUGGUCAAGUCGGCAGCAGUGCGGGAGGCACGUCAAGGCAGCGUGGUGUGAUUCACGCCGAUGAAGUCGGCGUCGUUCAGGCGCGAGGGAUGCGGUCGUCGGCGGCUGCAGGCUCCUUGCAGGGUGACGUCAGAGGUCGACGAAGUGGAUCUGUGCCGAUGUCGGCGACCCAGGUGACAGCAGGCGGGAUUGCACCGAGCUACGGCUACUUCAAGUUCACGCCGGACAGGAUCUUGGUCACUCCGCCGCUCACUGGUCGACCCGACAUACUCACCUGGAAGGAAGCCAUCGAGCCCCAGCUGGAAAUGGCCGGGCUGAUCAGCUUUGCUCGAGGCACCGUGGCGACGCCGGACGAUCCCGACUUGCGUGCGGAGUUUCGUGCCGUGCAGCUGUUGACCUUCACAGUCAUCUCCCGGUGCUGCUCGCCGGGCGUGCAGAUCGCCUUGAAGUGGUGCCGAGAGUACCUCGACGCCGGCCACCGGGCGUGGCACUUCAUCGAGUCGACCUACCAAGUCACCGACGACUUGUUCAUCGCACAGCUGGAGGGGCAGCUGACGCACCUGCGUAUGGGCGACGAGGAGACGGCGACCGACUACUGCAAUCGGGCCCGGCGAAUUCUCGCCACCAUCAGGAUGGCUGGCGCGCAGUACUCGACGGCGUCGUACGUCACCCACGUCAUGCAGGGACUCUCGAGUAGCUACAACCUUCUGAAGCGGCUGUCAAUGGCGCCGAGCACCAGGACGACGCUCAACGAGGACAACUUGACCUCGUACAUCCUGCAAGACGAGGCAAUGCAGGAGGCAGAGCGGUCACAGGAGCUCUUGGCACAGGCGAACCUCGUCGCCCCGGCGAAGCAAGGAAGUCGACCGGGGCAGCGCGGACAGCCUGGCGGCGGUGGUAGCAGUGGCUGGAAGCUGGCCAAGGAAGUCGACAAGAAGAAGUCGACCAAGGACAGCGGUCGAGGAGGAGGAAGUCGACGUCGGGAGUGCUGGCUGUGUGGCGACCCCGACCAUCUCUCCUUCGAGUGCCCUGACCGCAGUGACUCCGACGACGACGCCAAGGGUGGCCGCGGGAGGUCGGGCAGUCGUCGUCCUCGGCGAGGAGGAAACCAGUCACGCAAUGAGAAGACGUCGACCAAGUCGUCGACCUCGGCGAAGGACGCCGACUCCUCUGCUGGCGGCAAGGGGAAGGACGACAAGUCGGCGUCGUGCUCUCUGGUCGGCGUCGUGGAGCCGACCGUCUCGCAAGCGCCGGAGGCCGGCGAGGACUUCCAGGCGGUGGCGGCAGCUGUGCAGGCGAAUCCGGCGGUGGUCCUGCUCGACAGCGGCUGCUCCCACCACCUGAUGGGGACGAAGGACGCCUUCGUCGACUUGGGGCCAAGCGGCGACGUGAAGCACGUGCGUGGCUUCAAUGGGGCGCUGCAGGACGUCCAGGGCCGCGGCACCGUCGCCCUGCAAGGCGAGGCCGGGAAGCAGGUGCUCAUCCCCGACGUACUGUACGUCCCGGGUGUGCGGGCAAACCUGCUGUCGUCUGGCCAGCUGAAGGAGCACGGCGUGAAGCUGCACGAGGACGGCGACGGGAUGCUGCUCGUCUCGGCAGCAGGAGAGGUGCUUGGUCGGGCGACGUACUCCGGGCGAGUCCUCUGCACCGACCUGCGUCCCUGCUCGACGAAGUCGACGUCACCCACGCCGGAGGUUGUGGCCCUGCGGGCGAUCGUCUCGAAGACGAGGUCGACGCCGGACAGGCUGCAUGCUCGGCUUGCACACAUUGGCAUGGACACCAUCAGGCGCUCGGCGAAGAACGAGGUCGUCAUUGGGCUGGACCUCAAGUCGGCGACGGGCGCCGACUCACCGUGUGUCUCGUGUGUCGGCGGGAAGCUGGCGAGGCACACCUUCCCCGACCACGGCUCCGACGCCGACGACGUGUUGGCCGUCGUACACAUCGACUUGUGCGGGCCAUUCCGCGUGGCUGCCAAGGACGGCAGCCUGUACUUCUUGCUGCUAAAGGACCGCAAGACUCGCUACGUGUGGGUGCGGCCGGUCGCCAAGAAGUCCGACGUGCUGCGGGAGUUCGAGCAGUGGCUGGUGAUGGCGGAGCGACAGACCAAGAAGUCGGUGCUAAUGCUGCGCUCUGACCGGGGAGGGGAGUUCCUCGGAAAGGACUUCACCGCCCUCGUGGACGGCAAGGGGAUCCUCCACGACCUCACCUGCCCAUACACUCCGCAGCAGAACGGCAUGGCGGAGCGGGAGAUGAGGACGGUGGUGGAGUCGGUGCGGACGAUGCUGCUGCACAUGGGCGUCCAGCACCACUGGUGGCACCUCGCUUUGCGGCAGGCUGUCUGGGUCCGCAACUGCCUGGAGAGGUCGGCGACGCCGGGGACGACACCGUACCAGUUGCUCACCGGGAAGAAGCCCGACUUGUCGCUGGCGCGCGUGUGGGGCUGCAUGGCGCAGUUCCUCGUCCCCGAGCAGCAGCGUGGUGGCAAGCUGAAGCCGAAGGCCAGAUGGGGCCUUCAUCUCGGCAUGUCGGACGAGAGUAAAGGCUGGGAGCUCCUCGACAUUGCCGACAACCGGGUGGUCACCACGUCGGACGUGGUGUUCUACGAGGACAUGUCGCUGGAGGUGUGGAAGUCGGAGCACGGGCCAGUGUCCGGACGGACGCCGAGCACUCCGCCGACCGACACCUCGACGGCGACGCUGCCUCUGCUCGCGGCGGUCGGUGAGCUCGCUGCUGGGGACAUCCCUGUCGACCAUCCUCCUUCCCCUCCUCCCACGACCCAUGUUUCUCCCCUCGUGGCCGACAUGCGUGGACUGACUCCGGUGUCGGCCUCCGGCGAUGAGGGGAGUAGUGGGACGUCGCCUGCGGCCAAGAGCAUCGCCGGUGGCCGACGUGACGGGCAGCAAGUCGACGUGGGAGUGAAGUCGACGCCGACAGGGGAGCAGGCAGCAACAAGGCCGACCAAGGAGCAGUCGGCGACCUGGCAGUCGACAGGGGAGCUGACCGCAGGGGAGGAAUCGGUCGGGACGCCGACCGAGGUGCAGCAGGACGACGAGGACGAUGAAGGGGAGCAGUUGGGCGACGAGGAGUCCACCGACAGUGACGUGGGAGAGGCCCAGGCUGGACCACGGCGUACAGGCCGCCUUCGGAGGCCUCCCGACUUCUUCGUCCCGGCUGCCUUCACCACGGUGUAUGAUGUGGUCGACGAGGACGACGACCUGCUGUACGACGACGUUGAUGAAGAUGUAGACCUGCUGAAGCUCGACCCCGACAUGCACGCCGACCCCGAGCACCGUUGGGAUAUCUCCACGAUGACGGUGAAGGAGGCGCUGGCUAGCUGGAAGGGUCCAGCGGUGAAGGCCGCCAUGGAGGAGGAGAUCCGCAGCCUCAUCGGCAUGGGGACGUGGGAGCUGGUCGAACGCCCACCCGGGGUCAACAUCAUGAAGAACCGGUGUAUGGCGCCGGUGAGCAGCUACGUCACGCUGCGGAUUUUCCUCAGCAUCGUCGCCGUCUUCGACCUCAACCUGAUGCAGCUCGACAUGAAGAAUGCCUUCCUGCAGAGCAAGCUCGACCGCGUGCUGUACAUGUACCAGCCGGACUACUUCAAUGACGGGACCGGCCGGGUGUGCAAGCUGCUGAAGAGCCUGUACGGGCUGAAGCAGUCGCCGCUGCUGUGGUACAAGGCUCUCAACGACGUGCUGGUCGGCGCUGGCUGGAAGAAGAGUCAGGUCGACGAGGCUCUCUACUUCAAGGUCGGCGUCGACAAGGUGACCUGUUGGGUGCUGGUCUACGUCGACGAUCUGCUCGCCGCCAGCAGCAGCCCCGAGAUGCUGAAGGAGCUGCUGGAGGCCGCCUUCGAGCUGCGCGAGAUCUCACCGGUGCAGAAGUACCUCGGGCUGGAGAUCGUGCGCGACAGGUCGGCGGGGAAGCUGUGGCUGCACCAGCAGGGCUACGCCGACAAGCUGCGUAGGCGUUUCAUCGAUGAGGAGCAGGGCGGUCGGACCCCGAAGACGCCGGUCUCGGUCGACGCCUACGCCGAGCUCACCUUCGAUGACGAGGAGGCGCAGGAGCGACAGGAGGAGGAGUACCGGCAGAAGGUCGGCUCGCUGCAGUUCGCGGCGACGACGACGAGGCCGGAUAUCGCCUUCGCCUGCAGCAAGCUGGGGAGCGGCCUCACGGUGAGGAGCGACCAGCACUGGCGCGAGGUCGACCGCUGCCUUGCCUACCUCGCCAACACGCGUGACACCGCCCUGGAGUUCGGCGGUGGACCUGAGUCGCUGGAGCUAGUCGGCUACGUGGACGCCGACGAUGCCGGCGACAAGCAGAACAGGACGAGCACGGGCGGCUACGUGUUCGUCUACGGAGGAGCCGCAGUCUCCUGGUCGAGCCAGCGCAUCAAGUGCGCGACGCUGUCGUCGACCGAGUCGGAGUACGUGGCGGCUGUCGAAGCUGGCAAGGAGGGACGCCGACUUCGCUUCCUCCUGGCAGAGUUCCAGCAGCUAGAUGCUGGGAGGCCGACGGUCCUAAGGGUGGACAACAAGUCGGCCAUCACAGUCGCCGAAGGCAUGGGGUUGACGGGCAACCUCAAGCACAUGGAGCGGCGACAGGCCUGGCUGCAGCACAUGGUGAAGCGGGGGAAGUUUGCGCUGCAGUACAUCCCAACCGCUGAGCAGCCGGCCGACUUCUUGACGAAGGCGCUGCACUAUCCGGCCUUCAACCGGUGCUCCGUUGCAAUCGGCCAAGUGCGUCUGGCCGACGUGGGCGACGGCGACGACGAUGUGCAGCAGUAG